UUCCCUAAAAAAAAAAAAAAAUAUUGAAUCAUCCCAAAAUCUUAGAAUUCCAUCAUCACAAACUCAACAUGAGGCUCAAAUUCACCCCAACAAAAUAAAACAUGGCCCCAUAAACAAUCCUCAUAAUAAAAUAAAAUAAAAAAUGAAGAGGAAUGAAGACGACACCGAGCUCCUCAAGGCCGUGGCGCAGGCAUGGCACGCCCACUCCGCCUCCUCGAAAUCGGCGGCCGACUCGGCCGAGUUCGACGCGCAUAGGCUCUACUUCAAGGGGAGGCCGAGCCGGUUCAAGCUCGAAGCAAUGCGAAAGCCAACUAAAAGAGGAGAUGAUGAUAGUCAAAAGAGUUGGGAUUUCGGGCAGUCGCUGUGGGACUCUUACGAGAUUCUAUCGGUUUCAAAGAAGCUCGAGACCGGGCUGGUGUUGGACGAUCCCUUCUCGGACGAGCAGCUUCGCCGGUCGAGGCGGAGAGAGAGCAAGAAUAGCUUGAGGAAUUUGUUCAAUAAGAUGUCGUCGAGAAGGUUUAGUGAAGUUGAUUAGUUGACUGUCAAGACAGCUUCGUUUUGGUUAUUUAUUUGAAAAAUCGGAAUUUAGUCAUAGUUCGUGGAUUUUUAUUUAAGGCCAAUUGGCAUUUUUAUUGAA